AUAUUUGGGACGCCUAGACAUAGUGCGUGUUGCAUGUGAAAUGUUUCGCGGGAAUACGAAGUGAGAUUGCGUUGUAACUUCAUAUCUGACUAUACGAUUGUUAUUAUUUACGUCCUAUUUGUAAUGGAUGUGUGAAGGUCUUAUUUUUAACAGUUUGUCACUUUGUGUAUACAAAAUUUGAGACUAAAUUUGCAAGUGUAUUAGAAACGUACGAAAGUAAGGGGAGAGGGUUACUUCUGGCUGUAUCUUGAUUCUGUCCGUUAAGAAAGUAAAUUGAUUAGAUUUUUAUUUAUAUUAGGAUUUAGACGGACUAUGAAAACUGUAAAAAAGAAAUCUGGUGUAGCCACAGAGAGCAGAAAUAUUAUUUGUGAAAAACAUUAUGUAACUAAUGCAGAUGUAAAAAAGAUUCGUGAAGAGCUUUUAAAAUGGUAUGACAAAAAUCAACGAGUUUUGCCAUGGCGAGAUAUAGCAAAAGAUGAAGUGGAUAAUAAUAUUCGAGGUUAUGCUGUUAUGGUAUCUGAGGUUAUGUUGCAGCAGACACAAGUGGCAACUGUUAUUUCAUAUUUCAAUAAAUGGAUUAAGAAGUGGCCUACAAUUUCAUCUUUGGCUGCAGCUGAGCUAGAAGAAGUAAAUCAGCAAUGGGCUGGACUUGGGUACUACUCCAGAGCUCGAAGAUUGCAUGAAGGAGCAAAGAUCAUAGUUGAGAAAUUGAAUGGCAAUAUUCCUCAAACUGCAGAAGAAUUAGAAAAGCUAAUUCCAGGAAUUGGUGCAUAUUCUGCUGCAGCAAUUGCAUCUAUUGCUUUUCAAAAAGCAUCUGGAGUUGUUGAUGGCAAUGUUAUCCGAGUUUUAUCAAGGAUGAGAGUAAUAGGAGUUCAUGUUUCAAAACCAGGUGUUAAAGAUCAUUUAUGGGACCUUGCGAACAAACUUGUUUCUGAAGAAAGACCUGGUGAUUUUAAUCAAGCAUUGAUGGAACUUGGAGCUGAGAUAUGCACCCCUCAGAAUCCUCAUUGCACAGACUGCUCUGUUAAGGACUUUUGUCAAGCUUACUUAAAAGUAAAAAAAUCUACUAAAACAGGAAAAUUAGAUUCAUAUCUAAAGAAAAAUUCAUGGACGAGAGGCAAAGUAAAACCAUCUACUGAAGAUAGUGUUCCUGAUAUUGAAAAUGCUGCUGAUUGUUAUUUUUGCUUGCCUGAUUCUGUAUGGGAAGAGAAUCCCCAGGUAGUUGCAUACCCACCUAAAGCAGAGAAGAAAAAAUCUAGAAUUGAAAAAUUGGGUGUUGUUGUGGUUGAAAAAGGAAAUAAACUUUUGAUGAUGCGACGACCAGAGAAAGGUUUGCUUGCUGGUUUAUUGGAAUUUCCUAGUGUUAUUUUUCCUGAAGAUGCAAGUGUCAAAGAACAGUCUUCUGCAGUUGAUCAAGUCCUCAUAGAAAUAAGUAUUCCAAUCGCUUUACAUUCUUCAAGGAAGUACAUUGGCAAAGUUGUCCACAUAUUUUCACACAUUCGUACUACAUACAUUAUAGAGCAUUUAGCUGUAGAUAAGUCUGUUAAGGUUAGUCAUGCAUCAAAAGAAUUGAUGUGGUUAAGUGAAGAAGAGUUUCAGUCUGCUGCUGUAUCUACUGCAAUGAAAAAAGUUCUUGCUUUUGUGCGAAAAUCUGAAUCUUCUCCAAAGAAACAAGUCUCUUCAAAGAAAAGAAAACUGGUAGCAGAGGAUUCUAAACAGAGAUCUAUAAAAUCCUUCUUUAAUAAAUAAAUUUUCUUAAUUUAAUGAUCUGAACUGUAAUGUUUUCUAUCAAAUAAGUAGUUUAUAACUGUGAUAAUGUUUUUAGAGUACUUCAAAGUAUUUUUUUAAUAAAGAACGUAUUUUUUUAA